AUGGUAAAGCUUGAGAUGAUUUACCUAAUGAAAGUCGCACUUCGAUUUAAUUCACAUAAUCAUCUCAGAGACUUUCUGAUGAUCAGUCGUCACUGUCUUGAGGCGAUUAACGCACUUAAAGUUAACCCUUUUUUUACUAACGAAGUCUCUGUUGUGUGGUUCUUCAAAAACUUCACACCAGAAACAUUCGACAGCCCUCUUAUUAAUCUUAACUGCUUCGAUUUGUUUUAUAAAGUCAAACAAAUUCGGAAUACGGACUUCUUCUGUGUUUACACGAAAGGGCAAUUGACUGAAACCUUUGCAAAGAACAUCUUUCCUAAGGUUACGCGAUUGGUCAUGGUCGAUGAUAAAAACGAUAAACGAACAAAAUUCAACGAGUUCUUAAUCGAGCAUUCCGAAUACUUCACUUCACUCUAUCAUUUCGCUGGUGACCUUAAAAUGGCAGUUUGUUUCUUUGAAAAGUACACCGAACACGGAAACGAAAAGUACCUUCAUCUCCCGAACCUUGUUGUGUUGAAUAAAAAUGGGAAAAACCUAAUUAAGAGAAAUUACGAGAAUUUGGUACUACUUGAAAGGUUGGAAAAAUGCGUUCCAGACAACAAUAGAGUAUCUAUUUAUGUUAUUGUGUCAAACCACGACCCCCAAACAGGGACACUCUUUAAUGCGUUUAAAAAGAUCAACAUAUGUUACGACACCCUUGUGUGUUCGGAUAGUGAAAAGGCAUGCAAAAACGUUAUUUGUACAAAAGGGACUUUACUCAUCGACGGAAAUAUUGAAAACGAAAAGACCAACGAUUGUAUUGAACGAACGUGUGCAAUAAGUGCGUUAAUAAUUAACCCAAGCAAUUUACUCAACGAGUGGACAGUGCCUUCUUGUGUUGAUUCAGUUGGGAUAUGGUCAAAUAACAACUCAAAUCAGACAGAACAAUUCAAUGAAGUGCAUUAUAAGUUUCCAGAUGUGACAUCUUUCAGCCUCAAUAAUUGUCUCCAAUUGUCGUUCCACAAAGUGUUUGGCAUUUCAAGUCUCACACUUUCGAAUUGCCAAAACAUCCUUUUUGGCAAAGAAUGUGUUUUUCUAUCACUCAAGAAAGUUGUAUUAGAAAGUGUGUUUUCAGUAACAUUUGACAUCGAUCUGAGUGCUCUUGAAUACCUCAAAAUUGAUGAGAGCAAAGCGGUGAGUUUUGUUGGAGUUGGAGAUAUCAAAGAAAUCAAUAUAAGGGGGUGUUUCACCAUUGAUUUGCCUCAAAUUGAUUUUCAACACAAGACUAUAUACAUUGCACAGUCGUUGGAGAUAUCAUUUGAAAAUUCAAACCCAAUUGAGUUCAUGGGUAAAGACUUCAAUGAAUUGGUUCGUGCGAUGGAAGUGCUAUUUGAAUACCCGAAUUACAGAAGCGACUUGACAAAAUUCAGAGUCCACAAAUUUUUGCCACAAACAACAAAGUUGGUCGUUGUCAAUAGAGAGAUACUCCGUGUGAACCCGUUCGACACAGAUGAAACAACUGCAGACAUGGUUGUCAGUAAGUACUUCUAUUGUGAAGAUAACAAAAACCAGACGCAGACUUUUAAGACGCCUAAAGGGUCGGUUGGUAUCAAAAGCUUGAGGUACUUUGAGUUGGAAGUUACUGGAUUUAGUGAAAUGAGUUUUGGGUGUUGUGAUGGGGAGAAUUACGACAACGAUUAUUAUGAGGACACUCAUGUAGGAUGGGAAGAUGGGAGUGUUGGGUAUCAUUCUGAUGAUGGUUUGGUGUGGGUUGACUCCUUUCGUCAAGAAAGGGCUUUAGAUUAUGGUAAUGACAUAGAUCGAACAGUCACUGUUGGGUGUGGGUAUGAUAUUAAAAAGCACACUAUCUUUUUUACGUACGAGGGAAAGAUUGUGAGUAAAACAGUAGUUAAGUGGAAAGAAGUGAACGCAUUAAUUGCUCUUGGCGCGUUCAAAAAGGUGUUCAUAAACUACGGAGACAAACAGUUUAAGUGGAUGAUAUCAGAUUAUGAAAAGUUGGACUGUCGUGUAGUCUGA